AUGGUUCCGAAUGGGAUGAAACGUCCAUUUCUAACUUUCGACGGCGACAAAGUUCCUUCAAUCACGUCUCGAUGCAAAUUCAGAAUGAGCACAACUCUUCGUACUCAUGAUUUAACGCAUUCCACCCGAUCGACUAUAUCCAAUCUUGAAGCGUUACGGCAAGAGCAUAACCUGUUGUUAUCAUCUCCUACUGAUGAAGACAAGAAUGUCCAACUUCAACAAUCACUUGAAUCGAUCGAUUUGGGAAUUGGCGAAGCGGUUGUUCUCUUACAACUUCAAAAGCAUUUCGACGAACUUGACAGUGAAACGUACAAGCUAAUGUUACAAGUGCAACGCUUAACACAAGAAAAUAGUUGGUUACGGAAUGAAUUAUCGGUAACAGAACAACAUUUACAAACGAGCACUCAAAUGAAAGAAGAUUAUGAACGCGAUAUUCGUCUAUUGAAUGAAACAUUAGCAUCAGAGACAACUAAUGAACCUUUAGAUUUAACACAAACAAUUGAUAUUGAAAAAGAAAUGCCAUUAGACACAAAAGAACGCGUAGAAACAACAUCCGAAACAAAGAAUCAUUCGGAAGUUCCUCCGCGUUUUCGUACGUUACAUAAUCUUGUGAUACAAUACGCUCAGGCAGGCCGAUAUGAAGUUGCUGUACCGUUGUGUCGACAGGCGCUUGAAGAUUUAGAAAAAACACAUGGUCAUAACCAUCCCGAUGUAGCGACCAUGUUGAACAUUCUUGCGUUAGUCUAUCGUGAUCAGAAUAAAUUCAAAGAAGCAUUACAAUUACUGAAUGAAGCUUUAACAAUACGAGAAAAAACACUUGGACUUGAACAUCCUGCUGUUGCUGCAACUUUAAACAAUCUCGCUGUCCUUUAUGGUAAAAAGAAUCGAUAUAAAGAAGCAGAACCAUUAUGCAAACGUGCGUUGGAAAUUCGUGAGAAAUGCUUUGGAGUUGAUCAUCCGGAUGUCGGUAAACAGUUAAACAAUUUAGCCUUGUUAUGUCUCAAUCAAGGCAAAUAUGACAAAGUGGAAGAAUGCUACAAGCGUGCGAUUGAAAUCUAUACGAAACAUUACGGAAAGACUGAUCCUCUGGUGGCCAAAACCAAAAACAAUCUGGCGUCGGCUUAUUUACGUGAAGGAAAAUAUAAGCUAGCUGCUCAGUUGUAUCAAGAAGUUCUAUCGAAUGAACAAUCGGAAAAUGCGACGAAUAACCUCAGUACGACUUCGACGCCGCUCCGAGAUGGUUCGACUGUCAUGACAACAUUGAAAAACUUUGGAGCACUUUGCCGUCGACAAGGUUUGUAUGAACAAGCGGACUAUAUCGAAGCAUGUGCAACGAAAUCAACUCAAGAUCCAAAAGCCAUCGAUCGCGCCUUAGCAAUCAUUCGUCAACUAUGCAUAUAUGAUGAUACUAAUCAAGGAACGUUACGCCGUGCUCCUCAGCAAGCUCCUCCACAGGAGUAUGGACGCUUACGUCGAAGCGGUUCGUUUCAAAAACUGCGACAAAGUAUUCGACGUGGAUCGGAAAAAUUAGUACAAAAACUCCGUGGAACAUCGUCGACUGGAUGGAAUAAUCAAUCGUUUAACUCGUCGCAACAUUAUCCACAACAACAACAACAACAACAUUCGCAACAACAAGAUUAUAACUGUGGUCCAAUGAAACGAGCUUCGUCAUUAUCGGUUCUGAACAGCGUUCCUCAACAACAGUUUGUUAAUCGGCAACCUACUGGUGGAAAUUCCAUAGAUCAACAGAAUAAUUUUGCAUUCAAACACCAACAGCCAUCCACACUCCGUGGCCGAAUGACCAGUGCUGAAAAUCUUCAUUAA